GCGGGAGGCUGAGGAUCCGCGGCAGCCAUGGUGUUGAACCCCGUGCUGGGGAAGCUGGUCAGCAAGCGGGUGGUGCUGGCCAGCGCCUCGCCGCGCCGCCGGGAGAUCCUCACCAACACGGGCCUGCGGUUUGAGGUGGUUCCAUCCUGGUUUAAGGAGACACUUGAAAAGUCAUCUUUUGCAGCCCCUUUUGAGUAUGCUGUGGAAACAGCAAGACAGAAAGCUCUUGAAGUAGCGAACAGAAUGCAUGUAAAGCAUAUGAGAACACCUGAUGUUGUCAUAGGAGCAGACACUAUUGUGUCUGUGGAUGAGCACAUCUUGGAGAAACCAGUUGAUAAGCAAGAUGCCUAUAGGAUGCUGUCAAGGUUAAAUGGGAAAGAGCACAGUGUCUUCACAGGAGUGGCUAUUAUACACUGCCACAGUAAAGACAGUAAGCUAGAGAUGGAAAUUACUGAUUUCUAUGAAGAGACUAAAGUAAAAUUUUCUGAGCUGUCUGAAGAGCUCCUAUGGGAGUACAUUCAUAGUGGGGAGCCAAUGGACAAGGCGGGUGGAUACGGUAUCCAGGCCCUUGGUGGUAUGUUGGUUGAGUAUGUCCAUGGAGACUUCUUGAAUGUGAUGGGAUUUCCUCUGAAUCACUUCUGCAAAAAGCUAGCAGAAUUGUACUAUCCACCCUCUAAGCAUAAUGUACAACAUAAAAAGUAUGACUCUAUCCCUUCUGUGGACACUUUUGAGAACCUAAGUGAUGGAGAAAGUGAAUCUUCAAAUUUCACAGAGCACAAAGGUGCCAGUAAGUUGGACAGCAGUGGGAAGCAUUCCUCAGGAGGUGUUUACACUUCUGAAAACAGUUCUGGUGUCAGAACUGGUUUUACAGUACCUUUGGAAAAUCAGAAUGGAGUGUCACAAAGAGCACCAGAAGUUCCAUCUAAAAUUCUAGAGCUGAUGGAUGGUUUUAGGGCUUCAAAGGCUCUGCUUGUAGCCUCUAAGCUGAAGAUAUUUGAUCAUCUGAAACAUAAAGGUCCACUGAAGGCUGUGGAUAUUGCAAAUGAGAUUGGAACCUCUGUGUGUGGAACAGAAAGACUCCUUGAUGCGUGUGCUGCUCUUGGAUUACUGGAGAAGACACGACAAGGUUACAGUAAUACAGACUCAGCAAAUACCUUCCUGACCUCAGAUGGUGAAUACUCACUUCAUGGCUACAUUAUUCACUCUAAUGAUCACCUUUGGCCUCUCUUUACAAACUUGGAGUCUGCUAUCAAAGAAGGCACUAGGCAGAACCAUCGAGCCUUUGGAAAGAAAGAAGAGGAUUUAUUUAAGGACUAUUAUCACAGCCAGGAGGGAAAGCAACGUUUUAUGGCUGCCAUGCACAGCAUUGCUCGCCUGACAGCAAGAGACGUGGCUACAGCAUUUGAUCUUUCGCGGUUUAAAUCUGCUUGUGAUUUAGGAGGUUGCACUGGAGCUCUGGCUCGUGAAUUAGUACAAAUAUACCCAAAUCUCAAGGUCACAGUAUUUGACCUUCCAGAAGUCCUUGCAAACAUCUCUUACUUUCAGCCUUCAGGACAACACACAGCUCCAGUGACAUUUGUAUCAGGUGACUUCUUCAAGGAUAAGCUUCCAGAAGCAGAUCUUUACAUCCUUUCACGUAUUCUUCAUGACUGGCCUGAUGAAAAGAUACAUGUGCUGUUAAGCAAGAUAUCAGCUCUUUGCAGACCAGGAAGUGCCUUGCUAGUGGCAGAAACUGUGCUUGAUGAACAGAAGACACACCCUUCUAGAGCUGUGCUACAGUCCCUCAGUAUUACUGAAGGCAAGCAGAGAAGUGGCUCAGAAUAUAAACAGCUACUGGAGAAGUACAGCUUCACAGAUGUACAAAUUAAGAUCACAGGAAACUUAUUAGAUGCUGUUCUAUGCUUCAAAAAGAGUCUGUCACUGUAGUAUGCCCAGAAGCAAACUGGGAUUUUCAUCCACUUGUGCAAUAUAUGCAUCAUCAACCAACACCUGUUACUAGUUUAGGAUUAUUUUGACCCUUUAUCUGAAGCAGACUUAUUACAAAAAGUUGGACUGCAGCUCCUGCAGGAGUAAGUUCUAUGCAUUUUAAAAGGUAUCUGGGGCAGGCCAAAACUCCUGUGUAUGAAAUACCUUAAUGUCCAGUUCUCUUGGCAAGUUUUCAGACUGUAUUAAGCUUAGAUUUGACAUAUCUGUAUAUCAUGUCAAGUUAAAACUUCAAGCUUGUAUUGAGCCACAUUAAUACCUUAGUUUUUUUGGACCUUAAAAUAGAAUUCUCCUUCUGCAGCGUGUUCAGUGGUUACUGCUCAUUUUUAUCAGAAAUGAAAAAAAUUAAUAUUGUGCUAUCUGUCUGAAAUUGGGGAUAUUAAUCCCUUUUUUAUCACUGUUCUGUGGGACUUUGCUCAAAAACAUCUUAAGGACACCCUUUUAAGCAUUCUUUCUGCAAGCAAAAGUGAAAACAGGACAAAACUCAAAUGUGUUCCUACAGCAGCUAUAACAUCACAAAGGAACUUCAGUGGCCUCUGACCUCCAGCCACAGUCUGUACGCAUACAAGUUGCAGCUCAGUGCUGUUCCUAUUGCUUACUAUCACUUUUGGGGGUUUCUGAAUAUGAAUGGCUGUAUAUGUUUUCUAUCUCAUUACUUGAGAUGAGUUUUAGGAUUUAUGUAUAAAACCUCUUAUGAAAAUUAAGUUUCUUCCUGCUUCAGUCAUUAAUUGGAGAAGUAUAUGCUGUAUCUUAUCUCUUCAAGUAAUUUGUUACUAUUGUCAUCUCUCCUAAUGUUUAUUUUUUUCCUGAUACUUCAUUGAUAUUUAUGUUUUCUAUUUAACAUAUACUUUGUAGUGGAAGCCUCUCUGGAAAUUAAAGCUGUACUUUCAAACUA